GCCAGAGCAAGAUGGCCGACGCGGCGGCCACUGCCGGGGCUGGCAGCUCCGGAACGAGAUCAGGAAGUAAACAGUCCACUAACCCUGCUGAUAACUACCAUCUGGCCCGAAGGCGAACCCUGCAAGUGGUUGUGAGCUCCCUGCUGACAGAGGCAGGGUUUGAGAGCGCUGAGAAAGCAUCUGUGGAAACAUUGACAGAGAUGCUGCAGAGCUACAUUUCAGAAAUUGGGAGGAGUGCCAAGUCUUACUGUGAGCACACAGCCAGGACGCAGCCCACACUGUCAGAUAUUGUGGUCACCCUUGUCGAGAUGGGUUUCAAUGUGGACACUCUCCCUGCUUAUGCAAAGCGGUCUCAGAGGAUGGUCAUCACUGCCCCUCCAGUGACCAAUCAGCCGGUGACCCCCAAGGCCCUCACUGCAGGACAGAACCGACCCCACCCGCCACACAUCCCCAGCCAUUUUCCCGAGUUCCCCGACCCCCACACCUACAUCAAAACUCCGACGUACCGUGAGCCCGUGUCAGACUAUCAGGUCCUGCGGGAGAAGGCCGCAUCCCAGAGACGAGACGUGGAGCGGGCACUCACCCGUUUUAUGGCCAAGACCGGCGAGACCCAGAGCCUUUUCAAAGAUGACGUCAGCACGUUUCCCUUGAUUGCUGCUAGGCCUUUCACCAUCCCCUACCUGACCGCUCUUCUUCCGUCUGAGCUGGAGAUGCAACAAAUGGAGGAGACAGAUUCCUCGGAGCAGGAUGAGCAGACAGACACAGAGAACCUCCCUCUUCACAUCAACACGGAUGAUUCUGGAGCUGAGAAGGAGAACACCUCUGUCCUGCAGCAGAACCCUUCCUUGUCGGGGAGCCGGAACGGGGAGGAGAACAUCAUCGAUAACCCCUAUCUGCGGCCUGUGAAGAAACCCAAGAUCCGCAGGAAGAAGUCCCUCUCGUGAGCUGAGAAGGAAGCCUGCCUUGUAGAGAGACGUGGAUGCCACCCUCCUGGGGGAGUUAAAGCCACUCGAGGGAAGAAGAGGGUGGCUGCCUCGGGGUCGAGCUGAGGCUCUAGGGUGUGACCGGGCAUGAUUUUAAUAGCAAACUCUCUAUUAAGAUUACCUGUUUUCACUGGAUGUUUGGGUUGAUGAAGAUACGAUGGUAACAAUGAGGCUUUUUAAAUCAACCGGGCCAUACCGUGGGGCACAGGAGCAGCCAGUGACUUCGUUUAUAAUCAUGGAACUUGAUUCCUUGAAACCUGGGAGACCAGGGAAGGUGGCAGGAAAGAAAGGGCUCUUUGCCUACUUUGCUCACUGCCAGAAAGACUGUUUGCUUAGUUUGUGUUUCAGGAUAUCUUGACCCCUUUUAUUGACUGACAAUUUGUGGCACCUAUUUUAUCGUCCUAGAACCUCCUUACUUCUCACCUCACCUGGGCUCCACGUGCCCUGUCGGGCUGAUCGAAGGUGACUUUCCCUCCUUUAACAUGUUGGAAACAGGAGGCCCACCCAUCGCAGCCUCGAUCUGGGGCCGGCAGGAGUCAGGAGGCAUAAGCAGAUGCGUGUGGAGUAGAAUGAAAGGCAGUACUGACUCUCUCAUCAGCAUCUGAUGAAAGCUCCCUAAAGCAGGGCAGCGCCCUCUCCUGAGGGGUUUAUCAUUUACUGUCCCUCUGUGGAGCGUGUGCUUGGGAACAACCAAGUUCUGCCCCAUCCUGGGAAAAGAGAUUUUCUUUGACAAGAGCCUACAUCAGUGGAUAUAUUACGCUGUGAUUUGAUGGAGGAAUCACUGGUUUUAUGCAGUAGGAAAAGGAUUUGCUGGGGGUGGGAGGUGGCGGGGAUGAGAUUUUGAAGGCCGGGCUUAGCCUCAUGUUCUGAAAGCUGAGAAACCUCUUCGGUCUGCUGGAAGUUGGCGUGGAUGGAAGGCCAUGUGCCCACCUUAUGGCAGAAGUGGGCCAAGAAGAGCCUGCAGGUCUGAAUCUGUCCAGCCUCUUUGCCUCUAUCCUUGAUGUGCCCUACAAACCAAAAAAGAAAGAUGAUGGGCAAGCUGAUACCUUUUGACUGUUCUCCAAAGGAAGAGGUUUUAAAACCAAGUUGGAGGAAGAGAAAUGCCAGUGACACCUGGAGGUUAACACAGGGUAAAGGAGGAGAUCCUGGGUUAGUGUCCUAAGGUCCAUGCUGAGCUCUCCUGAUACUCGGCUUCCACAGUCAUCUCUUAACCUUCUGUCCUCUUGGUGAAUCUGAAAACUCGAAAAACCUGGUGACUUGACAGCAGGCUCCAUGUUCCUCUGGCCUCACUGUCCUCUAAGCAUUUCAUCCCGCUGGCUGGAAGGAAAGUGCUGCUCGUCAGCAACUGAAGAGAGGAUACUGAGUGAGAAAAUCGGAUUCCCCAGCUCUAGACCAAAUAAGAGUUUUUCCGGUUUGUAGUGACCUGAAACUCUUCCAGUUGAAAGUAGUCAGAUCGGGCCUGUGCUGACCCCCUCUGAACUUGCCAUUUGGCUCUUGGUGGUUCUUGGCCUGUUAAGUUUAAAUAUAGUUCCAGGUUUGAGCCAUGGCAGAUGCAGGGCUGAAACUUUCCCGGCUUGCUGUUCUCACCUGCUCCCGGGAGCAGUCAUCCCAGCAAUUCCUCCUGCUACUAUCCCAAACAAGCACCUGUUGAGUGCUGUAACACUAAGGGAUGAGGUGGGAUUUGGAAAAGAAUUGCCCUUUCUGCUGUUGAGAUUUCAGAGGCCUUGCUGCUGUAAUUCUGUUCUGCAUGAGACACUGGGAGAUGGUUGGACAACCUGAAACAUUGACCUGACUAUCGUGUAAAAACUGUGCAUAAUCCUCAAUGGAUAUUUAUAAGUUUUUAUUUUUUAUAACUUUGGGGGAAUCAUGGAGGGAAAAAGUAGUCAACAGAGCCAGAUUAAGCAUGUGAUUUAUGAGCUCUUAAUAAAAGGUCAUAAUAAAAACUUUGUAAAUGAAACAGAA